GCGGGCGAGAUGCUCUCGGCCAGCCAGAGCGGCGAGGCGCCGGCCAGCCUGUGCUGCGCAGAAAGCGGCGAUGAGAGGAGACAUUCGGAGGAGAAAAAUGACAUAAAUAUUUCAACUUUUGAUGGAAGUGAACAAAUCAAAGGAACAGAUAAUGGUGAUCUGUCUGCUUACGUGUCUGCAUUCAUAGAAAAAGAGGUUGGAAAUGACCUUAAAUCUUUAAAGAAGCUUGAUAAACUUAUAGAACAGAUGACAGAGAGUAAAAUGCAUUUGGAAGAACAGGUACUUACAAUUUCAUCAGAAAUCCCUAAAAGAAUUCAAAGUGCCUUAAAAAAUGCAGAAGAAUCAAAACAAUUCCUCAAUCAGUUUCUGGAACAAGAAACUCAUCUCCUCAGUUCCAUUAACAGCCAUCUGCAGACAGCACAGCCCUGGAUGGAUGAUCUUGGGGCCAUGAUUAAUCAAAUUGAAGAGAUUGAACGCCAUCUCGCUUACCUUAAAUGGAUUUCUCAAAUUGAAGAGCUAAGUGAUAACAUUCAGCAGUAUCUGAUGACCAAUAAUGUCCCAGAGGCUGCCUCUACUCUGGUGUCUAUGGCAGAAUUGGACAUUAAUCUUCAGGACUCAUCCUGUACGCACCUGCUUGGUUUCAUGAGGUCCACUGUUAAAUUCUGGCAUAAAAUUCUCAAGGACAAACUUACAAGUGAUUUUGAGGAAAUUUUAACACAGCUUCACUGGCCAUUUGUCGCGCCUCCUCAAUCUCCAACUGUUGGCUUCAAUCGACCAGCUGUUGCCCCUGAGACAUACAGUAACCUAGAGACAUUGUUUUGUCAGCUUCUGAAACUACAAACCUCAGAUGAAUUACUUACUGAGCCAAAACAACUGCCAGAAAAAUAUUCUCUUCCCCCAUCCACUUCUGUCAUCUUGCCCAUCCAAAUUAUGCUGACUCCGCUGCAGAAAAGGUUCAGAUAUCAUUUCCGUGGAAACCGACAGACCAAUGUCAUAAACAAGCCUGAGUGGUACUUGGCCCAAGUGCUUAUGUGGAUUGGGAACCACACUCAAUUUCUGGAUGAGAAGAUUCAGCCAAUACUAGACAAAGCAGGGUCUCCAGUAAAUGCCAGGCUUGAAUUUUCUCGAGGCCUCAUGAUGCUAGUUCUUGAGAAGUUAGCAGCUGAUAUUCCCUGUCUGCUCUACGAUGAUAAUCUCUUCUGUCAUUUGGUGGACGAGGUGCUUUUGUUUGAAAGGGAGCUACACAGUGUUCAUGGCUACCCUGAUACAUUUGCUAACUGUAUGCAUAUUCUCUCAGAGGAGACCUGCUUUCAGAGAUGGCUAAUUGUGGAGAGAAAAUUUGCUCUUCAGAAAAUGGACUCAAUGCUUUCAUCAGAAGCUGCCUGGAUCUCACAGUACAAGGAUAUCGCUGAUGUGGAUGAGAUGAAAGUUCCAGACUGUGCAGAGACUUUUAUGACACUACUCUUAGUUAUAACUGACAGGUAUAGAAAUCUUCCCACAGCUUCCCGGAAGCUGCAGUUCCUGGAGUUACAGAAGGACUUAGUGGAUGAUUUUAGGAUACGAUUAACUCAGGUGAUGAAAGAAGAGACUAGAGCCUCCCUGGGCUUUCGAUAUUGUGCGAUUCUUAAUGCUGUGAACUAUAUCGCUACAGUCCUAGCAGAUUGGGCUGACAAUAUUUUCUUUCUGCAGCUUCAGCAGGCAGCAUUGGAGGUUUUUGCAGAGAACAACACUCUGAGUAAACUGCAGCUGGGACAGCUAGCGUCCAUGGAGAGCUCUGUCUUUGAUGACAUGAUCAACCUGUUAGAGCGCUUGAAGCAUGACAUGCUCACUCGUCAAGUUGACCAUGUUUUUAGAGAAGUUAAAGAGGCUGCGAAACUGUAUAAAAAAGAAAGGUGGCUGUCCCUACCCUCUCAGUCUGAGCAGGCAGUCAUGUCCCUGUCCAGUUCCGCCUGCCCCUUACUGCUCACGUUAAGAGACCGGUUGCUUCAACUGGAGCAGCAGCUUUGCUUUCCCUUAUUUAAAAUUUUCUGGCAAAUGCUUGUAGAGAAGCUGGAUAUAUAUAUCUACCAAGAAAUCAUUCUUGCUAAUCACUUCAAUGAAGGAGGAGCAGCUCAGUUGCACUUUGACAUGACUCGGAAUCUUUUCCCUUUGUUUUCUCAUUAUUGCAAGAGACCAGAAAAUUAUUUUAAACAUGUGAAAGAGGCCUGCAUUAUUCUGAACUUGAACCUCGGCUCUGCCUCCUACCUGAGGAUGUCCUGCCACUCACCCUCCGAGCAGCCUUCUGCAGAGGCAGCACUAAAUGGAAGUUGAAUUUACAAACUUGCAC